AGGAAACGAAUGGUAGUGGAAAUCACAACAACAAUAACACUGAAAAGAAAAAAGAAAAAACAUCAUACUAGUAGUAACCAAAAAAAUGAAGUCAUGGAGAGUUAAUCUAUUGGCGACAGCAAUAGCUUUGGUAAUGUUUGCUAUGGUGGUGGCUGCUGGAGAUGAUAAGGCAAAAGAUAAGGAGGAAUGUACCGAGCAGUUGGUUGGUAUGGCCACGUGUCUUCCCUAUGUGCAAGGACAGGCAAAAUCUCCGACGCCGGACUGUUGUUCCGGCCUCAAACAAGUUCUUAAUUCCAACAAGAAGUGUCUUUGUGUCAUCAUCCAAGACAGGAACGAUCCUGAUUUGGGUCUUCAGGUCAACGUCUCUCUCGCUCUCGCUCUUCCUUCUGUUUGCCACGCCACUGCUGAUAUCACUAAGUGCCCUGCUUUGCUUCACUUGGACCCCAAUUCUCCAGAUGCCCAAGUGUUCAACCAACUAGGUAAAGGUUUAAACAAAACCGGGCCAGCCUCUGGUCCCGCUGGCUCAGCCCCUGAGCCCUCUCUGACCGCAGGAUCCGAUGAUGGCAAGAACAGUGGUCGAACGACCUCUGUACCAGGCUCGAACCACGCUCAAGGCUUCUAUAAACAAUGGCUAGGGUUCGAAGUUGUUGCCCAUUUCUUCGUAGUUUUUUACAUUUUCACCAUCGUAUAGAAAAUAGUAACGAAAAGUGAAAAGUAUGUAACGUUGAUUUUUGCGCAAUUGCAGUGACGCUAGUUUUUGCCGUUAGUGUGUUUGAUUGAUGUAUUUAGUUCUCGACUUCGUGAGACCUCUUCUUUCUAUUUUUGUUUGGCCCAAAAUAAGACACGUACGAACGACAGUUUUUUCUAGGGCUGCUCUCGUAAUGUUUUUUAUCA